UUUUUAAUCAAUACUAUAUGCGAAUACUUUGAUAUUAAAGAUAAGAGAUGUAAUUAUGACCGGCAGAUAAGAAUUUCGUGUUGCUCAUGUUUCCGGAGGACUCAAAUUCUCUUGCAAACGCUGUACGCGCCAAAUGUGUUACCAUUGGACUGGGCCUCUCAGAAGUUGUUUGUCAACUAUCAACAACAAAAUGCCAGUCAAAAGAACACUCCGAAUGGAGAACAAUGACAACCAGACACCAGCCAAGAGACCUGCACCAAUCAGGAACUACUCCCCAUUGACUGGUACCUACCAGAUGAGUCCAAGUGCAUCUCCCCAAGCUGGUAAAGCCAAAGCCAGUGGGAAAACUGCUAAUUCCCAUAAACCACAGGUGCCACAGACGGAAGUAGAAAUCAUCCAAAGCAGAGUCCAGCCUCCGCGUGAAUGGUGCUUGCCAGAGCCAUUUGCAAGUUCCAACUCCAUUAUCAAGUUCGCUGACGACAUGACCGUAGUAGGCCUGAUUAUCAACAACGACGAGACGACCUACAGAGAGGAGGUAGGCACUAUGACGGCACGGUACCAGAUAAACAACCUCAACAUCAGCAAAACAAAGGAGCUGAUUGAGGACUUCAGGAGGAACCAGGCUGGCCACGACCCAAUCCUCACCAACGGGGCCGCCGCGGAGACGGUCAAAAACAAAGUUUGAGCUGAAAUGGGCAAACCACUUGGACACCAUGGUGAAGAAGGAACAGUGACUCUUCAAACUCAGGAGGCUGAAGAAAUUCUGCCUAUCCCCAAGGGCUCUCCCAGUGUUAUUUUCUACAUUGUUGAAUAAUAGUGAAGACAUCAAAACUAUGAAAUAACACAUAUGGAAUCAUGUAGUAAAAAGUGUUAAAAAUAUAUAUAUAUAUAUAUAUAUAUAUUUUUGACUUUCUUCAAAUAGCCGCCUUAGUGACAGCUUUGCACAUUCUUGGCAUUCUCUCAACCAGCUUCACCUGAAAUGCUUUUCCAACAGUCUUGAAGGAGUUCCCACAUAUGCUGAGCACUUGUUGGCUGCUUUUCCUUCACUCUGCGGUCCAACUCCUCCCAAUCCAGCUCAACUGGGUUGGGGUCGGGUGAUUUGUGGAGGCCAGGUCAUCUGAUGCAGCACUCCAUCACUCUCCUUCUUGGUCAACUAGCCUUUAUACCGCCUGGAGGUGUGUUGGGUCAUUGUCCUGUUGAAAAACAAAUGAUAGUCCCACUAAGCGCAAACCAGAUGGAAUGUCAUAUCGUUGCACAAUGCUGCGGUAGCCAUGCUGGUUAAGUGUGCCUUGAAUUCUAAAGAACUCACCAACAGUGUCACCAGCAAAGCACCAUCACGCCUGCUUCAUGGUGGGAAACACACAUGAUGAGAUCAUCCGUUCUACUCUGUAUUACAAAGACAGUGGUUGGAACCAAAAAUCUCAAAUUUGGAUUCAUCAGACCAAAGGACAGAUUUUCACCGGUCUAAUGUCCAUUGUUUGUGUUUCUUGUCCCAAGCAAGUCUCUUAUUAUUGGGGUCCUUUAGUAGUGGUUUCUUUGCAGCAAUUCAACCAUGAAGGCCUGAUUCACGCAGUCUCCUCUGAACAGUUGAAGUUGUCUGUUACUUGCAUUUAUUUGGGCUGCAAUUUCUGAGGCUGGUAUCUCGAAAGAACGUGUCCUCCUGCAACAAAGGUAACUCUGGGUCUUCCUUUCCUGUGGCUGUCCUCAUGAGAGCAAGUUUCAUCAAAGCUCUUGAUGGUUUUUGCGGCUGCAAAAAGUUAUUGAAAUGUUCAUGUCUUAAAGUAAUGAUGGACUGUCGUUUCUCUUUGCUUAUUUGAGCUGUUCUUGCCAUAAUUUGGACUUGGUCUUUUACCAAAUAGCCCUAUCUUCUGUAUACCACCCCUACCUCGUCACAACACAACUGAUUGGCUCAAACGCAUUGAGGAAAGGCGCAUGUGUUAAUUGAAAUGCAUUCCAGGUGACAACCUUGUGAAGCUGGUUGAGAGAAUGCCAAGAGUGUGCAAAGGGUAGCUACUUUGAAGAAUAUAAAAUGUAUUUAGAUGAGUUUUUUUGGUUACUACAUGAUUCCAUAUGUGCUAUUUCAUUGUUUGUCUUCAUUAUUUUUCUACAAUGUAAAAAAUAAAAACCCUUGAAUUGAGUAGGUUUCUUAACUUUUGACUGGUGCUGUAUUUGUAUUCUUGUUUCAUUCACUUAUUUUUGACCUGCACUGCUCGGCGCUUAAGAAUUUCACUGUACCCUGCAUUUACAUCGGCGACCCUGUGCAUGUGAAUAAACUCACCUCAUUGUUACCUGCGCCGUGUUGAGAACACCAGCUCUUAGAUCUGGGCUUUGAGACUGAUGCUGUCUCAGGGGCCAAGCAACGCCUCAAACAGCGUAGCUCAGUACAGCGCCAGGCCAAACACUGCCAAGACAGUGGAGUCAAUUGACAAUAAUAUUUUAACUUUGACGUUAUAACCUCUGAACCCGCUCCCUUUCUCUUUCUUCAACGUGCCUGCUGAGGUGUUACGCAGCGCUUACGACCAUUAUUUAAGUUUAGCAAAAGUUUCGGUAAGCAUUCUGGAGAAGUCACUUUUUGUGAGCAAUCAGGGUUCAGGCAGACAUAAAUCCACAGGGUUGUCCAGGCAUUACAAAUACCCCAGUAGGGAGGACUCCUGCCUGUAUGUGCUGAUGACUACAGAACUGUAAAGCGAAGGCCAUAAUAAUUCUGAGGCAAGUUUCCCUCAGCAGAAGGUAUUGAUUAUUUGUGUGUGGUGAGAGAUUUGGAAAAUUCAAUUAAAGGAGUUGUGCAAAGGAUUCGUAAAUUCUCCCUCCGACCUGUACAGAGACAUUUGUUAUGAUCUAAAUCAAUGUUGCACUUCACAAUAUAUUUUCUUAGAAGCAUAAAAAUAAAUAACAUGUAAACAGAUCUGCUUACUACAGAAUUACAUUUUAUUUUCUCAGAAGCAUUUAGUCAUGGGCAACCCAAUGACACGUGCACAUCUUCUGGGCAGUAACACAUUUUUAUUGCCAUUUUUCCAUAAGAAAAUCCUAUAUAAUGUGAAUUUUGAGGUGGGGGGGAAAAUGGGGAGAAAGGGGACUGCUCAGCAGUAUAAAAAUUGAUCAGGCCAUAGAUGGGUCCAUGUUGGGGAAGAUUUGUAUGUCAGCACAGCAGUAAUGGGGUGUAUUAAAGACAGGAUUUCAUAAAUGUAAUCAAAGCGCUGGGGUGGUUUCCCAGGGCUAAGGCCCAGGCCUCACCACGAUCUAACGCAUCAAUCCUCUCAUCAGACACAUGGCACCUGCUUGGGAGGAGUUUUAUGCUUUUUGAUUAAACACACAACUGUAAUUAAAGAGCAGUGAUAUAAAUUAUAUUACAGACUAUUGUGGUGACAACUGAAGCCGGGCUGCACUGCUGCAGCCUCAGACUACGCAUUCCUUCAGAUAUGAUUUCAGUCGUUUUGGAUUUUGUCCUCCAGUGAAAAAUUAUUACCUCUGGUAAUAUUGUUAACUUUUAAUCAAUUAGGCAAGUAUUUAGUAACAUCUGUAUUUCACUUGUAAAUCAAACCACUUAAGCCAACAGAUUUAUCUGUUUGUGAAUGGCAGUGCUCUGAGAGAAGUUAGUACUGUAUUCUCUGAAUUAUUCAUUUU